AUCAAUCUUAUCUUCCCUACCUCACAUUUGGACACAAAUAUUUCUGGUGGUGAUGCUUGUAGGUUGAUUGCUAAUGUGGAUGCUGUACACACUGUGGGUGGUAUACAAUAGUCUCGGCGCUGGCAAUUCAUUGCUCCGCACUUCCCGGUCUCCGCCUUGGAGCAAAUGUAUCGAAGAGCAUCCAUGACUUUCUGAGGCCUGACUUGUCACGGAUAGAGGAACACUGAUCAAUUGCAGGUCGUGCAAUCGCUUGUCUUAUUAACUAUGAGUUCCAUCCUGCCUUCCUCUUUGUCGCCGGCGACUUUCUUUGUUCACUCUUGCUCCACUUCCCAUAAUCCAUUCGCCAUCACCUAACCUUCUCAGUCCCUAGAUCCUAUUACACGUACCUAACUACCAUGACAAAUCUAUCCUUUCGUGAGCAAGGCAACGAUCGCUUCAAGGCCGGCGAGUUCAAAGAGGCUGAAGAGUUAUACAGCGCCGCGUACGUUGUUCUGACCCGGAAGUACAUGAUCAUCUGUUGACCGCGUGACAGGAUAGCCGAGCAUUCUCGCUCUGAUCCAAAGGUCUUUGCGAACCGCGCCCUCACGCGUCUCAAACUUCAAGACUGGCAAGGAGCUGAAUCGGAUGCCAGAAAGGCAAUCGAACUUUAUGGCCCCAAACACGAAGCCCAGUCGAUGAAGUCGCAUUACUAUCUUGCACAAGCCCUCCUGCCGCAGCGGCACGUGGGCGAGGCUCUCGCCGAGGCAAAACAUGCGUACACCACGUGUCUAGAAACCAAGGACUCCAGUGCAGAGUUGAUCGGACAAUUUAUUCUCAAGGCAAAGCAGGCACAGUGGCAGGCGAGAGAGACCGCACGGUUACGAGAGUUGAAUUCGACUUUGGCGCUCGUGGAGGACAUGCUCAAUCAGCAACUCGACCGAGACAAGCAAGACGUGGAAGAGAGGUUCACCAAACAAGAGAUUGGUGAGACUGGCCGACAAGAAGAAAUUGACGAGCUGGAGAAGGAAGCCGAAUCAAGGCGGGAGAACAUAAGGAAGGCAUUCGAGAACUCCGCCGUUCCAGAUACGGUCGAGAGGAUUGUACCGGACUGGAUGAUCGAUCCCAUUACCUUUGAGGUUAUGCACGAUCCGGUCGUCACCCCGACAGGCGUUUCGUACGAGCGCACAAGUCUACACAGGCAUAUCAAGGCCCACGGAUGCGACCCACUGACGAGGCAACCUCUAAAGUAUGAUAUGUUGAUCCCGAACGUUGCAUUGAAGAAUGCUUGCUCGGAUUUUCUAGACAAGAAUGGAUGGGCUGUCGAUUGGUGAUAUUCUUUUGGGCGAUGACAGUGUCAGAUUUGGCAUGACAGUACGACCUAUUUUCUCAGCUCUGAUCGGAUUCGAUGCCUCAGAAUGACUUCCAGCGCCGGCGUUGUUGGGUGCAAUUUGAUGCUUGGUAGAUCCGUGACCCCGUCUCAAGUCAUCUAUACAUCCGUUCAAAACCCUAAUAUUUUCUCUCCAGAAUGUGCAUUCUCAAUUCUCAAUUCUCGGUUCUCUUUUUCUUUCCUUGAUGUGAUAAGCCUAUGCUAGGAGUAAGGACAUACGCAUGAGGACACUGGCUCGUUGUGGCGGUGACAUGCAGCGGACAAGCGGCCGUAUUCGUUCUCGUACCCGUAACUAGGUACUGUAAA